GUCAUAAAAGUCAAAUAAAUAGUAAACCAAAAUCCGAAUAUGUUUUACAUACUUUAAAUUUUUAUCAAAACAUAAAAUUAAGUUUAAAUCAAUUUAAAUUACAAUACAAUGGCUGAUCAAAGUAAAAAUCGUAUGAACCUAGCAGCCAUCAAAAGGGUCGAUCCUUACGCAAAAGACAUAGUAGACUCGACAGCACAUGUGGCAUUCUACACAUUCAACUCGGAUGAGAACGAAUGGGAAAAGACGGAUGUUGAAGGAGCUUUCUUCAUUUAUAGCCGAAAUGCCGAACCAUUCAAUAGUAUUUUUAUUAACAAUCGCCUCAAUACAACAUCAUUCGUAGAACCAAUAACCGGGCAACUGGAAAUUCAGUCACAGGCACCAUUCCUUUUGUAUCGUAAUGAAAGAUCCAGAAUUCGAGGCUUUUGGUUCUAUAACAGCUCCGAAUGCGAUCGUAUUGGUGACCUCGUUUGCAGCUUGAUUCAGGACUGUGUUGUAAAACAGAAAACAACUGGAAGUGCUGCAAAUCAAAGUGUAAACAUAUUCAAUAUGCUUAGCAGAGCACAGCAAGAUUUUCAGAGCGGCUUAAACAGCGGAGGUAAUAAUCAAGCUAAUUUGGGGUCCCGUAACGUGAUGAAUUUCUUUGCUGCUGCCAAGCCGACUCCAUCGUCUGAACUACCACUAUUCAGGCGUCUAUUGUCAAAUACCCUGUCCGUUGAACAGUUAGAGAAGCAACAAGUUAAAGCGCCACUCAGUGAAUCGUUGCAUCAACUUCCAAAAAUGGAACCUGAAGCAAUGAUCAAAAUGAACUCGAUAAAGAAACCAGAACAGCCUAAAUGUGAUUUGGAAAUGUCCCCCCUUGCAAAGUUCCUUAACAUACAAAAUAUCAUGAAACCGGCCUCACUCAACAAGGAUUCUGAACUUCCGAGGGACAUAAUAUGUCCUCCUGUAGAACAACCGAGCGCCCCUAAGCCAGCUUUAAUGCCUCCGACCAUGUUUGAAAAGUCUAUAAAACUCGAUAAAACUCUUCAAGAGCCAAGUCUAACUUGUAACCCUGUUAAACCGUUAACACAGGCCCAACUUGUCAAGACAAUUUGUUAUUUAAUCAAAAACGAUUCGGAGUUCGUAAGAAAAAUCCAUGAGGCCUAUGUGAAGCAAUUCUCUGAGAUAUCUAAUGAUUUUUUGGAUGAUUAAAGUAUUUAUUCACAAAACACCACAUUAGUAUGUUACUUCAUUAGAAAUGGUUUAUAUAAAUUUUAUUCUGAAAACGUUUGUUGGCGCCUCUUUUCGAAAACUUAUUUUCCAUUUUUAAAUUAAAUUUGUUUCAAUUUUAAAAAAAAGAAUGCCUCGAAUGUAAAAGUUUUUUAAAAACAUAAAUAUGAAUAAAAUUAAGUGCGAACAACAGUAUACAGCACAAAAUGCA